AUAGAACAAUACUCUCGCGAGAGUUCACCGAGAGUCAGGCGGAAACGUCACAAUCAUUUUCAACUCGGUUUGCGCGAUUUUGUGAGCUGCUGUGCGGCCAUGAGUGGACUUUUUGAGUGCGAGCAUCCUGCAACAUGGAGGAGAGUUGAAGGUAAAUAUUGGGACGUGGUGGAGGCCAAGGGCAAGAAUAAGAAACCUGGGAAACUUCUCCAGCUUGAUAAGUGGUACCAAGAGGAGCUGCCCGUUAUCAUCUCUAGUCGGUGCGAGAAACAUGUCACAUUGGCAGAAGUGGUCAAGUUGAUGGAGUGGAAGCUCACUAGGGGGAAGUUCAGGCCCCGUCUGCAGCAGCUGGUGUCGUCCAACAGCGAGGACGCCGUGGAUAAAUGUUCCCGAAAGGCCUUCAGGCUCCUGCCCGACGUAGCGGCGGCCAUCGCCGAGCUCAGCUCGCUGAAAGGAGUCGGCCCGGCCACUGCCUCAGCUGUGUUGGCUGCAGCAGCGCCCGAUCAAGCGCCGUUCAUGUCGGACGAGGCCCUGGAAAGCGUGCCAGGGCUCAAACCCAUCCAGUACACAGCCAAACACUACUCACUCUACCAAAACAAGAUGGUGGCGAUGACCAACAUACUUAACAAAGUGGACCCCCGACCCGAUUGGACGCCCCAAAGGCUGGAGCGCUGUUUGUGGGCGCUCAGCGUUGCUAAGCAACAGCAGCUCCCGUUUCUUGACGAUCUUGAUGUAAAGGGCGGCGGGGUGGUGGAAGAGCACGUGGAUGCUGAUCACAGAGCAAGCAAAAAACUUAAAACGAGAUGAAAGAAACGUGAAUCGCUUUGGUACUUGAGCAAUAAAGACUUUUUCAGAGAAUUGCCAUCAAA